AGCGACAAAGAGGAAAAGAGGAGAGCGAGAGAGAAAACUGAUCCUGCUUAUGCCUACUCCAUCUCUCUUUCAGCACCAAGGACAGAACCUCUGAACGGCUGACCCAACCAAUGCUCAGUUUAGGGUCCCUCCCAAAUCCUCUACAGAAAAUCGAUGCAUUCGAAAGCAGCUAUGAAACAUGCUCUAAGGUCUAAUAGGAAAGCUGGAAAAGCAGCACUCAAGUAAUUUCACCUUGGAGGCAAAAAUGGGUGAUUUCUUUCUAUUCGUUUGCAUAGUUUCUGAGUCCUGAGAAAAGCAAAGUUUGCUUUGCUUGGGUAUGCCUGCUGUCAGUAAAUGGCUGCAGGAGCUGAACUGGUAAACUCCUCGGUCUCCGGAGAUCAGAAGAAAAUUUUAGGGAAGGCCCUUGGCAUCACGCACCUCCCUCUGGGCUAUGGCACCUCUGAGUCAGCUGAGUGGCCACCUGAACUACACCUGUGGGGAGGAAAACUCCACAGGUGCCAGCCAGGUUCGCCCACAUGCCUACUAUGCCCUCUCCUACUGCACACUCAUCCUGGCCAUCGUCUUCGGCAAUGGCCUGGUGUGCACGGCUGUGCUGAAGGAGCGGGCCCUGCAGACUACCACCAACUACCUAGUAGUGAGCCUGGCUGUGGCAGACUUGCUGGUGGCCACCUUGGUGAUGCCCUGGGUGGUAUACCUGGAGGUGACAGGUGGAGUCUGGAAUUUCAGUCGCAUUUGCUGCGAUGUUUUUGUCACCCUGGAUGUCAUGAUGUGUACAGCCAGCAUCCUGAACCUCUGCGCCAUCAGCAUAGACAGGUACACUGCAGUGGUCCUGCCUGUUCACUACCAGCAUGGCACGGGACAGAGCUCCUGUCGGCGUGUGGCCCUCAUGAUCACGGCCGUCUGGGUACUGGCCUUUGCUGUGUCCUGCCCUCUCCUGUUUGGCUUCAAUACCACAGGUGACCCCACUGUCUGCUCCAUUUCCAACCCAGAUUUUGUCAUCUACUCUUCAGUGGUGUCCUUCUACCUGCCCUUUGGAGUGACUGUGCUUGUCUAUGCCAGAAUCUAUGUGGUGUUGAAACAAAGGAGACGAAAACGGAUCCUCACUCGACAGAACAGUCAGUGCAUCAGUGUCAGGCCUGGCUUCCCCCAACAAACCCUCUCUCCUGACCGGGCACAUCUGGAGCUGAAGCGCUAUUACAGCAUCUGCCAAGACACUGCUUUGGGUGGACCAGGCUUCCAAGAAAGAGGAGAAGAGUUGAAAAGAGAGGAGAGGACUCAAAACUCCCUGAGUCCCACCAUAGCGCCCAAGCUCAGCUUAGAGGUUCGAAAACUCAGCAAUGGCAGAUUGUCAACAUCUUUGAAGCUGGGACCCCUGCAACCUCGGGGAGUGCCACUUCGGGAGAAGAAGGCAACCCAGAUGGUGGCCAUUGUGCUUGGGGCCUUCAUUGUCUGCUGGCUGCCCUUCUUUUUGACCCAUAUUCUCAAUACCCACUGCCAGACAUGCCACGUGUCCCCAGAGCUUUACAGUGCCACGACAUGGCUGGGCUAUGUGAAUAGCGCCCUCAACCCCGUGAUCUAUACCACCUUCAAUAUCGAGUUCCGGAAAGCCUUCCUCAAGAUCCUGUCUUGCUGAGGAAGCAGAGGAGGGAACACUCCUUGUACCUAUGUCUGGCUGCCAGGCUGUUGGCCCACUCAGAAAGACUGUGCAGUGUCCUCCGGCCUGUGGUAGGAAGAAGAUUCCUGGAACCAGGAUGUCCCUGCUUGUCAGGUAUAACCAAAUGUGUCCUCCAAAACAGAACAUUUUACCUCCCCAGCUAAAAUCUGACUUCAUUCUGACAAUCUUCAAAUGACUGGGGAGCCCCCAGUGAUAAGCAAUAAUUCAGAAAGAAGCUGAUAAAUCAUGGCUCACACAAAAUUGUCGUUGAAGGCAUGAUUCAUUACACUAAAGGAAAAAUGAACAGAUCUCAUCAUUCUCAACUUGCAGGGAUCCUUGAAACCAGCCAGUAAACCACAUAGAACAGCCAGUCUGUCUUCCUUCAAACCUCUAAUUAACUGUCAGGCUAACCUUGUACUUUCACGGGCCCAUUCCUCUUGGUCAUUUCUUUCCUUCACUGUACCUGGAAAUAGGAAUGGCAAGGCCAGUGCGUCUACCUCUGCAGAAUCUGAUGGGCUACAUUCGGUGAGGUGAAUUUCUCACCCCAAGAGAAACACUGUCCCACAUUGGGACGGGGACUUCAUUUCAAACUUUGCUACCCUUGUAUUUUAGCUUUAGCUGAGAAGACAUUUUGAUUCCAUUCCUUUACUGUCUGAAGGCAAUCUCAGACUCUCAAUUUCCAGAGCCAUUCAAGAUGGGGAUAUUAUUUGAAGACGGAAUGACACAUCCCAUUGUAGUUUCACUGUUGAACCUCAUGGUUCAGAACAUUCCUUAGAUAUGUGUUUCAUAUCACUACCAAAUUUUCCUACCCAGAGCAUCUUCAUUUCUCCUUAACAGGGACCCCACAUAGUGGACCACAUCAUGACAUCUUGGGCAGCAGUGGACCACAUACACAACGGUGGUCUCACAAGAUAAUAACGGAGCUGAAGAAUUCCUAUCGCUUAACGUCAUAGUUGUUGCAACAUCAUAGCUCAGUGCAUUACUUACAUGUUUGUGGUGAUGCUGGUAUAAACAAAAUUAUGCUGCCAGUCAUAUAAAAGCAUACAAUUGUGUACAUUACAUAAUACUUAAUAUUAAUAAUAAUAAAUGACUGUGUUACUGGUUUAUGUA